CAAACCUGGUGGUGGGAAAAUCAGGCCGUCAUGCACUCAACAGUCCUCGCAGCAACUCCAGCGGCCGAGACUACCAUGUCCGCGCCUCCGUUCCCACGCCCCAACUUCUCGACGGCUGUUCCCAAGAGUGCACGUACGGCUACACCGCGUUAGAAUCCUCUGUCCCAUCGUCUUAUGUGCACAUUUGAUUGUGUAGUGUUCUCAAAGCUGGAGGCCUUCCUGCCACAAAUUGAACGCGAGAACAAGUCGCUUGCGAAAGCAAUCUCCGAUGGCGAAGCGGACAAGUUUAACAUUGAGGUCGACGAGACUGACACUGAAAAGCCAGUCAUUCAAAUGGAUUUCGCCUUGGGAGUUAUGGGCGACAAGGACGACGACGACAGCGGCAGUGAAGAAGACAUUCCCCAGGACAUUCAAUUCAAGGUGCAAAGCCCCAACACGUCCAUUCGCCUGACGCCGCCAUCCUCUGUCCAGUCGCGUCCGUUGAUUCAAGAGCUAAAUUAAUUGAUUUCACACGUCCAUCCCA